AUGGGCACAUUGAUCAGAGAUUGUGACCCGACCCCUAAGUACCCCAUGGUUCCAAACUGCCGCAAGGCAGGAGCCAGCGUAUACUGUAAAAUUAAGCACGAUCCAACUAGACUGUGUUUCGAUUAUAUAGAUGGAAGGGAGCAGUAUAUCAAGUACACCCAAACCGACCAACUUGGAAAAGAGUACAUCAAUAUCCGAUGGAACGGACCAGUCGAAAGACUCCAGGCCCAGGCCAUAGUAGCCUGGGAUCGAGAAGAACGGACGAGGUUCGAUACCUAUAAUCGAACUUGCUUUGUCAACGAGGUUUGCCGGGCGUUGCACUUUUGGUACCACGUCGGCUAUCCCUACCAGAAUGUACCCACUCUGGGUUUCGAAGCGGUCCAGCCAUCUAGAUAUGGCUUAUAUCUCUUCCGCCUUCGGGAGGAAGUCGACAAGCAGACGAGCAGCAAGUUGACAAGCAGCAAGUUGACAAAGAAGCAAGCUGACAACAGGGGACUUCCCCCAGCUUGGAGGAAUUUGAUUAAGGAUACCAAUUUGAUUCACAGGGAUAGAUUGAGCUUUGCAAAUACACUUGCUAUUACAUCGAUUCUACUUCUUCUACGUGAUCUAAUAUAG